AUGCCAAAACGUAGUGCUGAAGAACUAAUCAAGCAUUACGAAAAGAAAAUUGCAAAAAUAAGGAGAAAAGAAAUUACGCCAAGUGUAUGUGAAACCGAUGACGACAGUUUUCUAUCAGUUCCCGAGGAGAAUUCACCUCCUCAAGCCGAUAACACGGUUGAAAUCCCCUACGAGGAAACCUUUGAGAUCCUGCCAGAACCAAACCUGGAAGUACAAACUACUUCAGAGCCUACACAAGAACUAACGAGUCUUGUUGAAAAUGUCACUUCGGAGACAACAACGCCACCAGACUUGGAUCCAGAGCUGCUAGCAGCAUUGGGAGACCCGACUGAUGACACUCCCGAAUACGGGAGCGACAUACACGAACGGCUGGCCAAAUUAUGGCAGCCUCUACUUAAAAAAGGCCUGGACAAAGAAGCAAAAGACAGGAUUUACAAAGAAUACACUACUCCCAAUAACUGUAGACUGCUUCAAGCCCCGAAAAUGAACCCCGAGAUCAUGGCGGCCGUGACUGACGCAAGGAAAACAAAAGAUAAACGAUGGGCCACAAAUCAACAGCAAAUAGGCUCGGCUAUAACAGCCAUAAAUAGGGCCAUGGAAAAAUUAAUGACAAGCGACGACAAAGCCUCAGCUAUAAAACAUCUAAGCAACAGUUGUCGAAUGCUGUGUGAUAUGCACGCAUUGUUCACGAAAAUCAGAACUAGAGUUGUCUGCACAGGCCUAGAUAAAACCACACUAAGUGUUAUAAAUAACACAGAACGAGACGAAUUACUCUUCGGGGCCAACCUGUCGGAAAAAAUAAAGGUGGCAAAAACCCUCGAAAGACAAGGCAACCAAAUGAAAAGACCUAAUCAAAACCAAAGACAAACACAGCCUUCAACAUCACGUCCAUAUUCGGAAAACUGGCAGGCCCCUCCUCGUUACCCAUCAACCAGAGGACGAGGAGGAUACAGGAAGCCCACGCCCAAUGCUCGACGACAGUACGCGCAAACCUCGAUGAUACCACCACCAGCUCCACCUCUCCCAAGGGGUCCACGUCCUGCACACCAGAUGCGCCCGAGGACAUCACAACAAUAA